AUGGCACAGAAGGGUGAGACAGCACCCUCCACAGACAGUGCUAAAGCUGAAGAAGUUGCUCUUAAACCCAAUCUUCGAAAGACUCCAUCAUCGGACUCAGAGAAGAAGAAAAAAAGCAAGAAAUCCAACGAAGAAGCCAUGAACAAGAUGCACACAAACCUGCUCAAUAAUGUGUUUGGACAGGAAAGGGAAUUAUCCCAACCUGAAUUAGAUGAGCUGGCCGAGGCAUUCAAGGAGUUUGAUUAUGAUCAGGAUGGAUAUCUGAACUACAAAGACCUGGCCGAGUGCAUGAGGACGAUGGGAUACAUGCCCACUGAGAUGGAGUUACUGGAAAUCAUCCAGCAGAUCAAGAUGAGGUUGGGUGGACUGAUGGAUUUUGAUGAUUUCUGUGAGUUGAUGGGGCCGAGGAUGAUGGUAGAAACGGCUCAUAUGUUGGGACUGAAAGAACUCAAGUGCUCCUUUAAACAGUUUGAUACAGACGGGGAUGGAAAGAUCACUCUGGAUGAGAUGAAGGAGGCAGUAAAAACGUUACUGGGCGAGAAAUUGAAGAAAGGAGAGUUGGAGGAGAUUCUGAAGGAUAUGGACCUGAAUGGAGAUGGCACUGUGGACUUUGAUGUGUGCCAUAAGAAGCUGCCCCUGUUGCUGUUUUGA